AUGACAUAUCCCGAGGAGCACAGACCGGUAUACAUCGAAGCAGCUGAUACUCUACGCGCACCCUUCUGGGACUGGGCCACUGAUGAAGCCGUGCCGCAAAGCACAGUACCAGAAACUAUAAGCAUUACUGUCCCAGAAAAUGGUCAACUCGCUUCGAAAUCGACAGACUUUGAAGACUUUGUGACGUUCAAAAACCGUGGAAGCAGUUUGGAGGGUCUCCAUGGAUCCAUUCACUGGGAUGCAGCAUGUCAAGGCCAAUUCCUGAGUGUCGCAUAUACAGGGUUCGAUCCUCUAUUUAUGUUGCAUCAUUCAAAUGUCGAUCGCUUGUGGGCAUACUGGCAAGCUAUGCACCCUGACCAGCAAAUUUUCACUGGCGAGCACUAUGGAUUUGAAAAAUGGGGCACGCCGGACAACUCGAUCCUCACAACACAGUCGCCGCUGCUACCCUUUCGCCGAAGUGAGACUGAGUUUCACACGUCGGAGAGCGUUUUAUCGAUCCAUGACCUCGGCUAUUCGUAUCAUGGGUUGGAGUCGAAGGACAAGAGCGCCGAGGACAGGCGCGAGGAAGUAACGCGAAUAAUCAAUAACCUGGAGCCGGGGUUCCUGAAGUUGGGAGCGCGCGCAGCAAAUGGACUGUUGGGUGGCCCACGCGCCGUGCUAACCAGAUACUUUGCUCACAUUGCUGUGGAGGCAUCAGAGAUUGAACGCCCAUGUUCAAUUGAAGUAUCAAUGAAUGGAACAUAUGCGGGAAACUUAGUCUUGCUGUCGAUGCCUGAUUCCGGGAUUGUUCGUGGCGAGAUCUCGCUUGACACUAUUCAAGACACGCUGCGAGGCAAACCCAGCCGCGUCGUUUUGAAUACCUUUGAAACGGCACUUAAGAUUGAUAUCAUCAAAGGCGAUGGGUCGAGGAUAGCGCUUGCGGACGUUCCGAACCUGGAUGUCCAAAUUGAACAAGUUCGCGUGGCAGCGCCAAGAUGGGACACUGAGCUUCCCGAGUAUUCAGAAUCCAGAAUGUUUGGAGUCAGAUUGGUAAAUGCACCAUACUAA